GAGGGGGAACGAGGAGCAGGGGGAGGAAGGAGGGUCUAGUUUGAACUGCAGCCAGAGGACGGGAACUCUAAUUCGGAAUUUCCGCUUCAAACCUUUAAUACACACUCUCCUGACGGUGUGUCUGAGUCAAUACAACCCCUGGGAGGAGGCAAGCGUCUUGAGCGGCGGGCUUGCGGCAGACAUGGAGGUGACCGAGGAGAACCUGAGUCGUCUGGUGGAGGUCCUCACCCACACACUCUCACAGGACCCCUCCCAGCGCCGGGCAGCUGAGCAGUUUCUGGGUCAGGUGGAGGGCAACGAAAACUAUCCAGUGCUGCUGCUGACUCUACUGACCCGAGAUGAGGCGCAGGUGCCCAAGAACAUCAAGCUGGCUGCCUCCAUCCACCUCAAGAACCUCAUCAAGAGAAACUGGGUGGUGGAUGAGGAUGGCACAAACAGAAUAAGCACCAAUGAUCGAGUGGUGGUGAAGCGAGAGAUAGUGGAUCUGAUGUUGCGUUCCUCGGAGGGGGUGCAGCGCCAGCUCUCUCAAGCCAUCUCCAUCAUUGGCAAAUCCGAUUUCCCUCACCAGUGGUCAGAUCUCAUCCCCUACAUGGCCGAGAAGUUUAAGUCAGGUGACUUCAACAUCAUCAGUGGGGUGCUGCAGACAUCCUACUCGGUGAUGGAGCGCUACGAGUAUGAGAACAAAUCCGACGACCUUUGGAGGGAGAUCAAGUUUGUGUUGGACAACUUUGCACAGCCCCUUACCAACCUCCUCGUGGAGCUCAUGAAGGCUGCCGGGGAAAAUCUGAACAACGCGGCUGCCCUGCGCAUGAUCUUUUCCUCACUGGUGUCGGUCGGGCAGCUGUUCUUUGCCCUCAACUCUCAGGACCUCCCAGAAUUCUUUGAGGACAACAUGGCUGUGUGGAUGGAGCACUUUCUGACACUGCUCAACUUCACCAGUCCACUCCUUGUCUCCUCUGAUGAUGAGAUGGGAGUGCUGGAGCAGGUGAAGAGUCAGGUGUGCAAGAACAUCACCCUUUAUGCCGGGAAGUACCGGGAGGAGUUUGAGCCGUUCAUCGAGAACUUUGUGACGGCAGCAUGGAACUUGCUCUCCAACACACCACUGGAUAUCAAGUAUGACCAGAUGGUGAGUCUUGCCAUCCAGUUCCUGUGUGCCGUGGCUGAGAGAGACCACAGCAAGGGUCUCUUCGAAAACGAGCAAGUUCUCUCUGGCAUCUGUGAGAAGGUGAUCCUCCCUAACAUGCACCUAAGAUCCUGUGAUGAGGAACUGUUUGUGGACAGUCCUGAUGGGUGGGUAGCUCAAGAGCUGGAGGGCGCCAACACAGAGACGCGGCGGAGGGCUGCUGUGGACUUUGUGAGGGUACUGUCCAGGCACUUUGAGGCUCGUAUGACCCAGGUGUUUGGCCAAUAUGUACAGUCCAUGCUGGCAACCUAUGCAGAGAAGCCGACGGAGUGUUGGCGUAACAAGGUGGCAGCAAUAUACCUGGUGACCACACUGUCAGCCAAGGGGCAGACAGCCCGCCACGGCACCACCAAGGUCAACGAACUGGUCAACAUCACAGAAUUUUACCAAGGUCACAUCCUGCCUGAGCUGCAGAACCAGGAUGUGAACCACCUCCCCAUACUGAAGGCGGAGGCCAUCAAGUAUGUCAUCAGUUUCCGCAGUGUUCUUCCCUUCGAGGCGGUGAAGGUGUGCGUGCCCGACAUGAUUCGCAUCCUCACCUCAGAAUCUGCCGUGGUGCACACCUAUGCUGCUGACGCCAUCAACAAGAUCUUCCUGCUGCGGGUGAAUGGGCAGCUGGCGGUGCAGCGCAGCGACGUGUCCCCGUUGGCUGGCACACUGUACGGCAAUCUCCUGGGGGUGCUGGCCAAGGAGGGUUCAGCGCAGAAUGAGUACAUCAUGAAGACCAUUGCCACCGUGACCAACCUGAUCGAGGGCGACCUGAUGCAGCAUGCCGGCCUGGUGGUACCACAGCUGGUUCUCAAGCUGCAGCACGUGGUGAAGAACACUGUCAAGCCGCACUUUGUCCACUACCUCUUUGAGACACUCUCCCUCGUCAUCAAGACUGUCUGCGGCUCAGUGGACGGCGCUGUUGGGGAGUUUGACCGCAACCUGUUCCCCAUCUUCCAGGAGAUCCUCCAGAAUGAACUGGAAAGCCUCAUCCCCUACAUCUUCCAGAUCAUUUCACUGCUGCUGGAGAGGCAGAAGGGGGAGGUUCCUGAGGCAUACCUGUCACUGCUGCCGUUCCUGGUGAUGCCGGUGCUGUGGGAGCGGCCAGGCUAUGUGGCACCCAUGGUGCGACUGCUGCAGGCGUACGUGGAGAAGGCACAUGGCCAGAUAGUGCAGAUGGGCAAGCUAGAGGCUGUGCUGGGGGUGUUCAACAAGCUCAAUGCCUCCAAGACCAAUGACCAUGAGGGCUUCUACCUCAUCCAGUGCAUGCUGCUCCACAUGCCAAAGGAGGUCUUGGAGAAUUAUUGGAACCAGAUAUUCACCAUCAUGUUCCGCCGCCUCACCUCCAGCAAGACCACCAAGUAUGUGCGGUCGCUGCUUGUGUUCUUCAGCCUGUUUGCCUGCCAGCACUCUGCUGCCCGGCUCAUCCAGAUCAUCGACACGCUGCAGGCCAACAUGUUUGGCAUGGUUGUUGACCGCCUCGUGGUGCCUGACCUCCAGAAGGUGGCCGGGGACACAGACAAGAAGAUCUGUGCAGUGGGGCUGAGCAACGCGCUGGCCGAGCCAAUGGUGUACUCGGGGGCAUACAGGGAUCGGUGGGGCACCAUCCUGGAGUCGGUGGUCAGGUUGCUGGAGUGCCCCGAGGACAGUUCACUGCCUGCUGGAGAACACUUCAUUGAGGUGGAGGACAUCCCAUCCUUCCAGGGCUCCUCCAACAGACUCAAGCAUGCCAUGAGAGGAGAAUCGGAUCCUCUUAAGGGCCAGAUAGACAACCCACAGGUGUACCUGGCCCAGCGGCUGGCCCAGGUGUCCCAGGCCAACCCUGGCACUAUCCAGGGGCGACUGGCAGCAGUGAGCCAGGAGGUGCAGGCCCAUGUGGUGCAAUACCUCCAGGUGGCCGGUGUCAGCCUGGCGUGAGGCCCUGGUGAGUGUAGCGCCCCACGGCUGCAUCGCCUUAGUGAUAUAUCCAGUGACGGAGUGUAAAGACUAUUUUUUCAUAUUUCCACAACAUUUAUACCAGUGUACGGUUGACAUGCUGUUGCUUCAGUCCUCAGUGUAUGCCAGCCUAGAUGCUUAGGGCCCUAAAUGUGAUACAGAAAGCUUAAUAAUGGUAAGUAGAGUUUAAGCUUUGUAGAAGAAAAGUUCUCUGUAAUCUGCUGUAUUGUGAAGCUCUCAAAAAGGAAAAAAAUGUUUUGUACUUGCAGCCUGGUGGCAAGUAUAUAUAUUACAAGUAUUAAGCAGCUACAGUAACUCAGUGCUGCCAUCUGCCCAAUGAGGGAAGGUAUCUGCCAAUAGUUUAUUUCCAAUACUGCAGAGACUACUGGCAUGCUGUUUGCUUCAUUAUUGUUACUCUUCCAUAACUGAUGAAGUGCGGUGAAGCAGCCAUGCCCACCCGCCCAAGCACCACCGACACCAUAUCAAGGGAGGAGCUGAAGGUGUGUAACUCCCACAAUAUUUCUUUGCUAUAUAAUCCUGUGUGGGUGUGACAGGCUUGAUGCUGCAGGGCCACAGAAACAUCUGUGUUGCCUCCAUCAACAUGGACAUUGGCUGUCAGUCUUACUACUUUUUUUUAUUUUCCCUUUUCCUUCCUCUUGCCAGUCAUCUGCCUCCUGAUGCCAUUUUUUUUUUUCAGCCAGAGUGAAACCAACAUGCUACAGAAAGUUUGCCUCCACAUAUUUAUUGGCUGCCUGAAUGUAACAGUGGUGGUGUCUUGCUGCUUGUCUUGAUGCAUGAUGGUGUGGCUCCAACUGGCACUUUAAGUUUAUUGUGUUAUGGUCAUUUUUCUUGUUAGUACUAUUAAGUUUUACUUCGUACUUUUACAAAAAAAAGUUGUCUUUCCCACUAUGUGGGUACUUCUUAUAAUCAGUUUAUAGUUUCCACAGUAUUGAGCAAUUUCUGCUGAAUAAAAUCAAUUUUAAUUAA